CAUUAUUGGUCUAGUGUCUAGACUAGACUAUAGACUCUUGGUCUAGACAGUAAACUACUUUAUACUUAGAUUUGGUUGUAUAUUUAGUGAUUCAUUGAAUAAUAAAUCUGCGAUGCACAGCAUAUUUCUAUAAAAAUCUUGGGAAUUUAAAGAGACUUUUCUUGGGAUAUCCAUAAAGUAUUGUAAAAAUAUAAUUCGAAUAACAACAUACACUACGGACUGAAAGAAGUCAGUCAUGUCGCUUAUUGUUGUUCCCUUUAAUUUUCACUUUCAAAUAUUUUCUAAAUCUAAAGGAAAAUGAGUGUUUCGGAUACUAAAAUAUUGGAGUUGGAUCUAAAAGCUGUGGAUAAAGUAUUCAGGAAAGGCUCAGAUCCAUUGACUCAGACUGUGAGAGGGAAGCUACAAAAUCAAAGGCAGAAGCUCAAUGAGAAAAUCAAUAAAGAAUUGAGAAUGAGGACAGGGGCGGAGAAUCUGCACAAAGCUGCUGAAAAUAACAAAAAACUUCGAGACAGGGUUGCAUUAGAGUUAUCUUAUUUUAACUCCAAUAUUCAACUCUUGAAGGAACAAUUGUCAGACAUGAACAGCUGUGUGGAGAUCUACCAACAUGAAAAUUCUAGAAGUCACACACCCAUGAUCCCUCUUGGUUUGAAGGAGACAACUCCUAUUGAUUUCUCUCGACCUUUUAAAGAUGUGAUCCUUGAACACUAUAGUGACGAUGGGGAUAAGUACAAUGAAGAAAUCCAAGAGCUGAAUCAACUGAGAGAGGCUGUAAGAACCCCUGAAAGAAGCCAUGCUGGAGUGGACUUGUUGAUGGAGUAUUUCAAUCAGCUGAGUUAUGUGGAUAAAAGAUUCUUUUCUGGCAAAACACAUCUACCAAUUUUUUUUUGUCACUGGUAUGAUUGCUUAACUGGUGUUCCAGACACACAGAAAUCUAUUGGCUUUGAGAAAGGAAGUAUCUUAUACAACAUAGGAGCAUUGUUUACUCAGAUAGCUUGUAAACAAGACAGAACAACGAAAGAAGGUUUGGUGCAAGCCAUAGUCAACUUUGAGAAGGCUGCUGGGGCAUUUAAAUAUUUGGAAAACAGAUUUAGUGCAGCCCCAAGUCAAGAUAUGCAAUCUGAGACCUUGAUCAUGUUGGAGAUGCUCAUGCUGGCACAGGCUCAGGAGUGUGUACUGGAAGGCAGGUUGAUUGGUGGCUCUAAAGAUGGGGUAUUUAGUUGUACACAGAUUGCCCAGGAGGCAGCCCAGGUCAGCCUUAAGUACAGUGAAACCCACAAAAAAAUGUGUACAGAGAAACUGAAGAAUUACCUCCCAUUUUCUUGGUUGUCUAUGGCUGAAACCAAGUAUCAUUUCUACAAAGGAUUAGCUCAUUAUUAUGUGUCCUUGGCUUUAUUGGAACAGAAAGACAGCACUGAUUUGUAUAAACUCAAGUUGAUGUUUGAAGCCAUCCAUCAAGGAGUGUCUCCCAGAGAUGAAAACAAUGGCUUGAAGCUGCCAAGCACAGAAGAAGAUAGAAAGAAUUUAGGUCGAGCUCAUUUGAGGGAAGCUAUCAUCAAUCAUGAAGAGGCAAUUAGAAUUCAUGACCUAUGCAAACAGCUGAGAACUGUAGAUACUUUUCGGGAUAUUUUGCAUAAAACACAUGAAAGAGCUGUCAACAAGUUUACAGCCCUUGAAGAUGAAGAUGACUUUUCAGAGAUGAUUGAAGUUCCUGAAUUAUUAGGCAUGUCAGAGCAUAAAACCGUGUCUGUCAUGCCAGAUUUUUCCAAAAACAAAGUUUCAGAUAUCUUUAAAAAAUUGGGUCACAUUUCUAUAUUUAAUGCAUCCAACGAGUGGUCAGCCCCUAGAACCAUAACAUUAGACAGACAGCCCAGUGAAGGGUUUGGUUUUAGUGUUCGUGGAGACUCUCCAGUCACUGUCGCUGACAUUGAAGAAGGCUCGGUGGCUGCGAAAUCUGGCAUGAAAGUGAAGGAUUAUAUUGUUGGCAUCGGCUCGGUGGACACUAAGUGGUCCAAACACGAUGAUGUGGUCAGGCUAGUCAGACAGGCGAAUCUGUCAUUAACUAUGACAUUAAUCACUCCAGUCUCUAGAUCUGAGACACAUAGACCUUUCUCUACUAUUAGUCUACCAACCACACCUCAAAAGGCUCACCAAACUUCCCAGAGUUCCUCAACAGAGCGUGAGAAAAAAAACACAAACAGGAUGAGUGCACCUUGGAUGUUUGUACGCAGAAACUCCAGCAAAGAUAAAAUGUCAGAAAGACCUGUAUCAGUAGCCCUUCCACUCACUAAUGGUAGUGCUAAAACCAAUGGCACACUCAAAAUGCGUGGCGCAGAUGUUGAAUUGUGAUUUCAUUCAUGGAAAAAUCAAUGAAUUGUAGGAAUUCACAUCUUUACUUUGCUCAAUGCAUGAAGGAAAGACCAGUGGGAUAACUUGUCAUUAAGUUCUCUUACAGCGUGCUGUGUUUGGAAAGCAAUGUUUAAAGCUAUAUACUUAUUUUUUGAGACUUUCAUAUCUGAUUUCAAAUGUUAUUGGGUUCGCUUCACUUUUAUUAAAUAAAGGUCAUGAUUAGAAUUAGUUUGGGAACCACUGGUCUAUAUUGUUAAUGAACUUCCUUGUCAUUGUUGUCUCCUACCAUUCCACACACUACUUCUACUGCCUUGAAGUCUCACUUGUUAGUUAUUCAAAUCAAUGUUUUCAUUUUCUUUUGCAGAAACAUUCUCAACCUUGAUUCUUUCUAGUUGUUAGUAUAACUUCUACACAAGUUCCUUGAUUCUUUCUAGUUGUUAGUAUGACUUCUACACAAGAUUCUUAAUUCUUUCUAGUUGUGAGUAUGACUUCUACACAAGAUCCUUGAUUCUUUCUAGUUGUUAGUAUAACUUCUACACAAGUUCCUUGAUUCUUUCUAGUUGUUAGUAUGACUUCUACACAGUGGCCUUAAUUCUAGUUGAUAAUGUGACUUUUUGACUAUAUCUUGUUUCUAUAAUGUGACUUUUCCAUUCAUGGCUCCUUCUAUAUUGAGAGUUGUAUGUACUCAUUUAUCUUCAGGGCAGGGAUUAGAUAAAGGUCGCCCAUGUGUCAUGAUUCCUCUCUCACAAAAGGAAUGCUAUGCAUUACAUUUGGCACCAACUGUCAUAGGUAAUAUAUAUAUAAUAGUCCCAAUACUAAAGGGGUUAUUAAUUUUCCUCUUAAGCUUUAGUACUGCAAAGCAGCAAGAGGUUUGAAUUCAAUGUACCUCCACUUAGAUGAAAUGCUUUAGGAGGUUGAUGAGCUAAUCUGCUUGAAGCUCCUGGUUUGAGCGGCACCAGGUAUCCACCUUCACAUGUCUGUAGAAACAGUUUCCUUGUGUCUUGGGUAGGCCAGGGGCUGGAUUUAGUUGUCAGAAGCUGUUUUGAGAUGCAUGCCUUUAAAAUAAUGUUUUAGCUAAAGGAGCUUAUGUCUAUGGGCAAGAUUUAAAACUAACUUUUCACUGAGGUCCUCGUAUUCUCUAUGAUUGGCUUCCCCCAAACACUUAAGAGCUUCACUAUUGAUUUCAGUUUUGUUGCGGUGCUUACUGUCGGUAGGCUAAGAUCAUGAAAUACCGGGUAUGUAAGUUUGGGGCCUUUUUUUUUUUAGAAAAACAAGAAGUUGAAAUAUCUUACUAUUUUAUUAUUAUUUGAAUCUGUUUAAAAUAUCUUGCUAUUUAUUAUUUGAAUCUGUUUAAAAUAUCUUACAAUUUUAUUAUUUGAAUCUGUUUCAAAUAUCUUACUAUUUUAUUUGAAUCUGUUUAAUUUAAAUCCAACAAAACUUAUUUAUACUUGUCUCUCCCCCCCCCCCCCCCCCCAUUUUUGUCAUUAUUUUCAAUAAACUUUUGUGUAUAUUACAUUCAAUUGUAUCUACGGGAAUGAAACUUUUGUGACAAGACUGCAGUUUAAUUUUGGCUUGCUUUGUGAACAUGACUUGAAGUGUAUUUAAGACAUUGAUUUUUGAAAAGCCAAUUUGUGAACAUAACUUCACUUGGUGAUUUCCUGGUCCUCUUUAGGACUUCAUACUACUGUGGACUACAUGUUAAUUUAUUGAACUUAAUAGUUUCAUUCAUAUUAUUGCUACAAGAUUAUAGAUAUGUAGUAGUUGUUGUUAAUUAAUUAAUGUCAUUGAAAACUUUGAAGGCAAUAGUACCUUAAAAAGAAUUUGUUGAGCUAUUUGAUUUUUUUUUAUUAUAAAUAUAGGCUCACCAGUCAUCAUUAUUGUACUUGUUUUCUUUUAUGUUAAGGUAUAAUGAUACUUAUUGCAAUACAAGAUUACUGAAUCAUUUCAAUCUGACCGACUUAGGCAAUAACCUUUGACAUUAUUAACUACUUACAUCAUCAUUUUAUCAUUUGUAAACAUUAUCUAUGUCUGGCAUGAAAUGCUUACAUCCCAGCUGCUUACACAUCAACUUCUGACACAAAACAAAUUGAAAAUUAGUAACUGCUUACAUCUUAAAUGCUACACAAUUUCUAUCUUAAAAUACUUACCUGUUGACACCCACAUAGUGUUGUGUUCAUCGUCAACUUACAAUCUUUACAUUCUCAACAUUAUUUUCUUCCCUCCCAACUGCUUACACAAACUUCUGAGAUCCUACAAUUCUUAACAACUUACUAUGUUGACUGCAUGACUAUUAGACACUACCUCUGUGUUCUAAAACAAUUCAAAGCAGCCAUGGUCCAUAGAAGUUGUUUCUCCAAUCUUUGCAUAACUUUCACUAAUAUAAGUCAUGUUUUGACCUGUUACUGAUAAUUCCAAUUGUACAUGCCAUUUAUUGUCUAUGCCUGAUAUUACUCCAAUGUAUGAAUUGAGCUUAAAAAAAUGCAUUGACUGUUAUUACCUAGUUGAUGAAAUCAUGCAUUGACUGUGACUGUUAUUACCUAGUUGAUCAAAUCAUGUAUUGACUGUUACUGUUAUUACCUAGUUGAUCAAAUCAUGUAUUGACUGUGACUGUUAUUGCCCAACAGUUCAAGUCAUGUAUUGACUGACUGUUAUUACCCAGUUGUUCAAAUCAUGUAUUGACUGAUAUUACCCAGUAGUUUCAAAUCAUUUAUUGACUUUGACUUUAGUAUAGUAUCCCAAUAUACAAAUUCAUUAUUGACUGCGAAUCCUAUAUCCUUAUGUGCAAGUCAUAUAUUGACCAAGUCAAAUAUCACAAUAACUUUUGUAUUGAAUACUCAUGCAUGUUGACUAUGUGAUAAUGUUAUCUUCAGGCAUAUCUAUAUUUAUAAUUGAUCCAAUAUAUACUUUUUUAUUUACGGUACCCUACAGGAAAUGAACUAAGUUGUGAUGAAGAGUACUUCAAGAUCUGUUGUAUUACAAUGAUCUAGUAUUGUUGAGUACCUCAAGAUCUGUUGUAUUACAAUGAUCUUUUGUUUGUUGAGUAACUCAAGAUCUGUUGUAUUACAAUGAUCUAGUAUUGUUGAGUAACUCAAGAUCUGUUGUAUUACAAUGAUCUAGUAUUGUUGAGUAACUCAAGAUCUGUUGUAUUACAAUGAUCUAGUAUUGUUGAGUAACUCAAGAUCUGUUGUAUUACAAUGAUCUAGUAUUGUUGAGUAACUCAAGAUCUGUUGUAUUACAAUGAUCUAGUAUUGUUGAGUAACUCAAGAUCUGUUGUAUUACAAAGAUCUAGUAUUUUGUAGGUUGUGUUCAACUAAUUGUCAUAAUAUAUUAAUAUGUUUCUCCAUAAUAAUCCUAAAUCUUGUUUUUAUUAAUUGAACUAGACAAUUACACUAGGUCUAUUUUCUUGUUCUUAAUUUGUGUGAAAUCUUUUUAGUCUGUUUUCCCUGAACACUGACAUUAAAAUGUUAUAGCAUUUGUUUUGUAUUUGAUAUAUAGGUCAGUACUUCCCAUGUACCCUUCAGCAUUAUAAUGUAAUUAUCAUAUACAUAUAUGUAUAGUUUUGUUUUGAUUGGCUCAUGCCAAUGAAAUAAAUUGUUGAGUAAUCUUAA